AUGAAGGUCUCCGCUAUCGUCUGCACCCUCAUGGCCGCCGUCGCCGUCACUGCCUCGGCCGCUCCCAAUGUCCAGGCCCGCGACACCUGCGGCGCCGGCUACGGCGGUGACCAGCGGCGCACCAACAGCCCCUGCCAGUCCUCCAACGGAGACCGGCACUUCUGCGGCUGCGACAGAACCGGCGUGGUCGAGUGCCGUGGAGGCAAGUGGACUGAGAUCCGGGACUGCGGCUCUGGCACCUGCCACGGCGGCAACGAUGGCGGCGCCGUGUGCUAA